GAGGAAGGGAAGCAGCAGCCACUGGUACCGGGCAUUGGACAGCUCGUAAAAGAGAGCGCUUUUGGGGUGCUCUGCCCCCCCUCCCUCACUCCCUCCCGAGCAAUGGCAUCUAUGGAUCGAUCAGCGGGAGCGCGUUGAGGCUCUGAGUGAUGGAGUCUCUGUUCGGCGGCGGGGAGCUGGGGCUGCUGGGAGGGGGCGGCGAGGCAGGGGGUCUGAAGGAGGACGGCUGCACCAGCGUGGUCUGGCGCACCUCUCCCAUGCCCCCCGACGAUGUCUACUCCACCUCCCACUUUGCCCUUAUCACUGCCUAUCAGGACAUCAAGACCCGGCUGGCCAGCCUGGAGCGAGAGAACAGCAGCAUCAAGAGGAAACUCAAGAUCUAUGAGAUCAAGUUCCCUAUGAUCAGCGAGUUUGGGGAGGACAGUAACUCCUACUGUUCCUUUGAGAGCAAGGAGACGGCACUGCUGCAGUCGGAGAACGGCAACCUGCAGCAGAGAGUCAAUGCCCUGACCCAUGAGCUCCAGAAGAGGAAAGAGAGAGAGGAGCAGUUGGAGGAUGUGAUCCAGGCCUAUGAGAAGAUUCACAUGGAGAAGAGUAACCUCCAGAGGGAUCUUGACAAGAUGACCAACCUGGUGGAGAAGCACGUGGAGCGUAUCCUGAGCCUGGAGUCGGCUCUGAGGCAGAGGGACAACUCGCUGCAGAAACUCAACACGCAGCUGCACAGCAAAGACAUGCAGUACCUGCAGCUCCACAGCCCCGACACACACAUGCUGGACUGCCCCGCCUUGACCCUUCAGAGCUCCCGUAGUUUGGACGCCCUAUCAGACCUUAAGUUGCAGCGUUUGGAGGCGGAGCUAGAGGGGGCUCGACACGAGGCCCAGGGGGCGUGUCAGCGGGAAGAGGAGCUGAAGGCCGAGUGCGAGAGACUCAAAAAGGAGAUGCGGCAGCUGCAGAACAGCCAGAGGGAGAGGGAAAUGACUUCUUCAUGCGAGCAGUGUGAUGUGGAGUGGAUAAAGAAGGUGGGAGACGAGCAGGUGAAUUUGGCUCUGGCCUAUACAGAGUUAACAGAGGAGCUCGGGCGCCUCCAGGCACUGAGCGCCAAGCAGACAGAGAUCCUGAGGAAAGCCUCACAGGAGCAGGCCAGCCCAGUCCAGCUUCACUCUCCCAUCCACCACCAGCGGCACUCUCCUGUUUCUCAGCGCCACUCGCCCAUCCCACAGCGCCACUCUCCGGUUCCUCCUCCUCCACACCACUCCCCAAUCCCCCAGAGACGCUCCCCAGUGCUCCAGCGCCUCUCCCCGGACAUGCACCGCCGCUCACCCUUAUUGGAUGUCAACGACGGCCCGGCAUCUUACUCCUGCCGGCCGCCCAGCCACCAUCUGCGUGCCAGCUUCCAGGGCCGUCGCAGCUACUCCGAGGUCGCUGACCCCUCAGCCUACCAGCGCCCGCCCCGCUUCUCUCUGGACCCUGUCUCCACCCUGCCCAAGCCCCGCCCCUAUGUGGAGGGCUACCCAAAGCAGCCACCCCAACACGCAGGCUCUCCUCAUGGUGGACCGCAGCACAGAGGCUCCCCAUCUCCCCAUCAGGGCAGUGCGGGAGGAGAUGGGGGCCUCGGGGAGAGCUCCAUGCGCCUCUCAAGGGAGAUGCCAUUCCCACUGUCAGAGGUGUCCCACCUGCAUUUUGAGCCCCCUCCCCCACCCACACCGGCCCCGCAGCCACACCAGUCCUCUGAGGACGAGGAGGAGUGGACCUGCCCACAUCCCAUCAGCCCACCGCGGACACUGGGCGUGCCCUCUGCUGCUAUGCCCACUGGUAUCAUGAGAGGUCCAGCGUCCUGCUCGGCCUUCCCCAUCCCCCAGCGACCCAACACCCUCAGCUGCCACCCACCAGGAUACAUGUCAACGGAGCAUGCUCAGUCCUGGCCCUCGAUCAAUCUGUGGAUGGAGACGGAGGAGAGUGACAUGCGGAGCUGUCCUCUGUGCCAGCUGAUUUUCCCCGUCGGUUACCCUGACGAUGCCCUCAUCAAGCACAUCGACUCCCACCUGGAGAACAGCAAGAUCUGAUUGCCAUGGCAACCGGUCUGCACACAUCUCCGCUCUCUGUCGCUGCCAGACUCGCUCAUAGAUUAUGUAAGAGAUUGCCAGACCUGGUCAAAGGGGAAGGUCAAAAUCGAGAAUCACAGACGGAUGUGUUUUUUGGUGCACAGCACGUGACGGCGUAUGGGAGGGGAUCCAGAAUGGGACAGGGGCACAGAUACUUUAACAUGGGUCAGUGUUGGAUUAUUGACUACACAUGUAGAGUCUGCCGAUCUUUUAUCUAGUCAGUGACUCUGGUUGCUGCUUUCUUGUCAUGAGCAAUGUUGUGUGACAGUUUCAGGUCUUGUCUUGUUUCAUUUCACAGGGCAGUUCAUUUUAGAAAAGUCUGCUGACGAUGACGGAGAGACACAGCAGGUCGGGUUUAGAUGCUCUACAUGUCAAAAGUUUCAUGCAUCGAUGAAAGAUCAGGGAGACUUCAGUCACCUUUGAGUUGUUCUAUUGUGGCACACGACACUAACAUCCACUUAGCUUUAAAUAUACCUGCUUUCAAAUUUUCUAUCUCACACAUUUACACUUUAAUUUGCAGUGGGGCAUGUGCACUACAUGUCUAAUAAUAGCCUGGGUUUUCAGCAGUUGGCGCAUCGAACUGAUCCAGCAGACAAAAACAAAGGUAUAUGGAGAGGUGCCUCAGCUUUUUGAACAGAUUUUAAGUUUGCAGUAAGGUUAGGAGACUGUGGCACGUUGAGCCACUUUAUUGACUGUCUGUGGAUCAGGGUUCGACGCCAAAUUUCUUUCAUUUCUGCAAAACCAGGAAGUUUCCACUGCAGUUUAGAAACCGCAAAACAUUCCACAGAGAAUAUCUCACAUACAUCUACUGACAAGCUUUUUAGAAGUUGGAGAAUGUGAAUGUUAAAUUAUUUUUUUGAUUGAUAAGAGGUGGAUUCACCCUAAUGUAGAUUUGAUGAUGCCCUGCAGGGCGGGGCAUUGGUGUUGAAGUGACUUCUUUACAAGUGAAGGGAACAUUUUAGUCAGAAUAUACCUUUAUGCCUGCGGCCUGAUCAGAAAUCUACGUAUCUUAGCACUUUAAGUUAGCAUAGCCUAUACUGUAUAUCUGUUUUGAGUUCCCCAUAUAGUUUCCAUGUAUAACGUACUAUUUAUAUUGUCUAACUGUAAGUAACGAGGCAAAAAAUAUUAAGAUAUAUUUUUGCAAAUGGUGACACACCACGUCUCAUGUUGGUGACACUUAUCUCCCAUGUGCUUGCACACUGAUGUAUAUUGAGUAGUCGAAGGUGGAAUUCCUACGGCGCUGGUGGCAUGGGAUAUUUUUCUGUAUAAAGACUUUAAAAGUAUCAACUGGGAUUCUCCUCAGUCUUCCUCGAGAUCUGAGCUCAAAACACUUUGAUGUCAAUGACUGCCCAGACCACCCAACAAAAAAAAAAAGAAAAAAAAAUCCAGCUGGCUGCAAGAGAUCUGUGGUUACAAGACUUGCUGUCCCGCUUUGAGGAAAAAGUGGCAGGCUUUGUAGUGUAUUUCUAUCGAGGAGAUCGAGUCAAUACCUGAGACAUCUCCAGGCAGCAAAGUUAGCUCUGCAGGGUUCAGGUGAGGAUGACAUUCUUCUUUUGAUACAUGGGUUUCAUUUUUGUCACAGGUGGAUUCUUUUUUUUUUUUUUUUUUUUUUUUUGGGAGAAAAAUCUAAAGAUUUCUGUUAGACAUGCUAAGUUAGGGACUGUCCCGACACAUCCACCCAUGCAUUUAUACCGGUUUGUACUUACUGGCACGAUGAUAUGGGGUGUAUUAGGGCAGAUAGGGCAGCGAUAGAUAAGAUUACAGCAACAGAAUGAUGCGGUGAUGCCUUUUACUUGGAAGGCACGGGCUCGAGUCUCUGUUUUGGGCAUGCAUCCACCCUGCUGAAGUGCCCUUGUGCAAGACACCCUCCGAGAUCUCAAAGGCGCUGACCUGUUCUCUGACCUUCCUUUGGACGAAGGAAAGAGAGGAGAAUUUUCCUACGGCGAUCAAAAAAGUAUCACAUUAUUAAACCAACAUCAUGAGCUGUACGAUGAAAACUUUAUGGCAGUACGGGCAGAUUCUAGCAGUAAAUUCAAGGAGGGCUUUCAUGGCUCCCAACUAUCCUAGACUGUAUGUACGUUCCUAUAUCACUCUGUAUAAAAAAUAUUUAAAGCUGUGUACAGACAGAUAUUUUGCAAGCGUGUAAGCCUAAUGCAACAUGUACUCUAUCCAACAACUUGAAAUUGGAGCGUCUGUAAAUCCAUAUAUAAUCCUAGCCACCACCACACUGAGUAUGAAUUAUACACGAGUUACAGUAUAUACAAAUACUACCCUACAGUUUUCCUCUCUUAUUCGGUAUGUAGUGAUAUGUCCUCUAGUGAACUAAUAUCCAACUACAAUCACAGCCUUGGGAUGAAAAAUACAUACCAGUCUGUUUUGAGUUACAAGAUGAGUGACGUCUUCAGAUCUCAUUUCGUAAGAUUGCAAGUUGGAGUGUUGUGCACAUUUAUGAUUAAAGACAGUCGGGCAUGUUCAGGACGUGAUGUGUAACACCAAAAGAUCUGGACCAUACGAACACAAAUGCAUGGGGUUUUGAAAAAAAAAAAAAAAAAAAUCAACAUAUAUGGUUGUUUGUCUGAAGAUUUCAGUUGU